GCACUUACUAUCUGGAUGACAAUGAAAGCAAAUACCGCUAGGAAGAGCUUAACUCUUUGUGCUUGCGAUCCCAACAGAAUCCAUAAAAACGUGCUUGCACACACACAUAUAUGAACAUGAGUACAGUCUGCUCGCGUCUUUCGAAACAGGGGGCGUAAUGAAGAUUCACAUUUGACAUCAGAGUUAUCUCCAACAAUUCAGAGUUAUCUCUUAUCUGACUAGAGUUAUCUCCAAGGUCCUUCAACUUUGAAACUUGAACUUCCGCGCCACUCUAUAAAAGGAAGCAACAGCCUUGAGAUAUGGAAGUGGACCAAAAGCAAGAUAUGUUGGUAAUGGCCAUGGAUAUCGAUCCAGAGCCUUGGGAGUCUACUGACCAUGUUUUAAGCCCGCAGAGACUUCACUUUGAAGAGACCUCACCGCUGAGUGCAAAGGCAACAGAACUUAAGGCAGCUGCUGCAUGUGGCAACUGGAGUCUUGUCCACAACUUGUUGAGUUCCAGCAGCAUCACCAGAUGUGAUAUAGAAUGGAGCUCUCUGUUCCAUACCCUGGCAGCAGCACCAGAAGUCAGUCUACCACUUGCAAAAGAUAUAUUGACGAAAAUAUUGAUACACAAAAUUGACAUCAAUCUGGUGGACAAAAACAAAAACACAGCUAUCGUGCUUGCUGCUAGAUGUGACAACACAAAGAUGGUGAUAGAACUUUUAUCCAGACAGGCAGCUUUACCACAGGAUGAAACACAUGUGUGUUCUUUCUUGCAGACUCUGACAAAAACUUGGAAACAAGAAGAGGCACGCUAUAUGCAUGUGCUUGUUGUAAAACUGUUAUGGGACAGACUAAAAGACAGAGUUCUAUAUAGUUGUCAGAAGCUACUUCAUGGGACACUGGUCCAGCUGGCAGUGACAUUUCAUGUGUCUCUUGUUCGUGAGAUGUUCUUAACAAAACUACAACUGAACACUCUGGACAGUGAGGGAAUGGCUGUAUUACACCGAUUGGCCAUGUUUGAUAGCGAUAACCAUGUUCGUCUUGUUCACUUUCUAAUCAACAAAGGGGCAAACAUCCACCUACAGAACACUACAGGGGACACAGCUCUGCAUGUUGCAGCAAAACAGAACAACUGGAUGAUGAUGGGAGCUUUGUUAAGAAGACAGGCUACCACUGAUGUUGCUGAUUGCGAUCAGCGCUCUGUGUUACACAUUCUAGCUUCUCACACUGAUCCUGAAUGCUUUUCUAAAAUUGACCAGAUACUUACAUUGUUGAUUUGUAACAAUAAUGACCUCAACAAAAAAGACGGUCAUGGUAAUACAGCCUUACAUCUGGCAGCACUUGCCGGUAACAUAACAUUUAUGAAGAAAUUAUUAGAUGGUGGUGCUUGUGCUGAUUGUGUUAAUGACGAACAAAAGACAGUGUUGCACAUGAUAGCUAUGACCAAAAGCAAAAUCUUUUUAACAUUUGAUUCGUGCAUGAGCAUUCUCAUGUUGAUUUUAAAAAGAGGGGCAGAUGUUGACAAAGUAGAUAGUGAGGGUAACUCAGCUGUGCACAUUGCUGCCAACCAUGAAAACUGGGUUCUGGUGGAAUUUUUGUUGAAAUACGUAGACAAUACUACUCAGCCUGACAGCGAAGGCUUCAACAUUUUGCACAGAUUUGCAAUGAAGAAGCCAUUUGCCAGGAUGAAUGUAUUGUUUUACAAGCUGUCUCAGAAGGUCGCUGAUAUAAAUGCAAGAAGUCGGACUGGUGAUACAGCCAUAGACCUAGCUGUUAAGGGUCAAAACUGGGGGCUUGUGAAGCUAUUAGUAGAAGAAGGUGCUACUUGGUAUGAAAUAGAUGAUGAAGGAUAUGAUGUUCUUGAACAAUUUGCAAUGGCAGAAAAUACACAAGAUUUUUUCUUUCCCUUUUUUCUAGAAAAGAGCAUUAACUAUAACACCCAGUCUUUGGUUGGAGACACAGCAUUGCAUCUGACAGCGAGAUAUGGUAAGCGGUCUGAAGUAGAACGCAUUGUAAAACAUGUAGAAAAUAUUGAUGAGGUAGAUUCUGAGGGUUUGACAGUUAUUCAGAGAUUAGUUAUGAAAGUCACUGACAUGUAUUCUACGCAUCAUUUUUUGAUCCAUCAUCUUCUUGAGCGUGGUGCUGAUUAUACCCGUUGCGAUCCAAAUGGUGACACUGUGCUGCACCUGGCUACCAAGAAUGGCCACUGGGAGGUUGUCAAAUGCCUGGUGGAGCUUGGAGUAAGGACAGACACGCUUGACAGUGAGGGAUUUUCGAUUCUUCACAGAGCAGCACUAGCAGGCAAGGAUUCCUACUCACGGAAUAUUAUUAAUAUUAAAAAGCUUUUGCAAUGUGGUGCAUGCAUGAAACAAAAGGAUCUUCAAGGGAACACACCCCUCCAUCUUGCUGUCCAACAUCAGAACUGGGCCGUGGCUAGAGAGCUCAUUCAGUGUGGGGCAGAAGUCAAUGACCUUGAUCUUGAAGGGUACACCAUCCUUCAGAGACUGGUACAGAUGAAGGAUGCUUGCUUGUCGCUGGCUCAGCUUCUGCUCGAAAAAGGAGCUAGAUGUGAUAUAGUAUCAUACCAGGGUGACACCAUUUGUGAUAUUAUUGCUGACAGUGAAAACUGGAACAUGAUGGAGUGUUUACUUAAGCACGGUACACCUGCGUUUAAAGCAUAUGAAUACAAAUAUCUUUUGCACUGUUUGGCUUCCAGCUCCCAUGGAGAUAGGCAUACUGAUGUCUGUGACCUCCUGAUUGAGAAAGGUUGGUCUCUUGAUGUUGAAGAUCAUGAUGGUAACACGCCACUUCACCUCACAGCUAAGGCAAGUAACUGGAAAUUGAUGGAACAAUUAAUACGAAAAGGUGCAAGUGGCAGAACUUUAGACAGUACAGGAACUUCUAUAUUGCACAGAUUUGUUACUGAUGUGACUAGGGAUGUGUUGGGUCAUGAAGAAUACCACCAUACUCUAUAUCUGAUCCUCUCAUCUGGUGUCAACGUAAAUGCAACAGAUCCUCAGGGUAACACGGCUUUACAAAUCGCAGCAAAACGUAAACUGAUUUACAUUGUAGACCGUCUUAUGGAUGAAGCUGAAAAUCCAAAUGCUAAAGACAGUGAUGGCUUUACUCUCUUGCUGAGAUUAUCACAGAUGCCCUCUAAAAGUUGCCUUUCCCAUUGUUAUCACCUGGAGAAGAAAGGUGUUGACAUCAACACCUGCUCAACUAAUGGGGAAUCAGCUCUUAACCUUGCAAUCAAAAGCAACAACUGGCCUGUGGUAGAGUUUCUGCUGAACAGAGGUGCACAGUUAAAUGUGCAGGAUUUGGAACAGAUGUAUACCAUACAUAGACUAAUAAAAUGUUCUACUUCGGCCUAUUGUCGUAGUGAUGAACUCAGAUUGAUGACACUGUUGACAAACAUGGGACUCUCCAUUACUAUGCCAGAUUCAUGUGGAAGGACACCAGCAGAGCUCGCAAUCAAACAUGAGAAAUGGAAACUUUUGAAAUACCUCUUAGAAUUGGGAGCACAAUUAAAUCCCACUCCUAGUAAAGGAAGCUCAAUUUUCCAUGAACUUGCUAAAUAUGAAUUCGUCGAAAAGGAGGCAGCAGAAGUUACACAUCUUAUUGUUAACCGUGUUUCAGGCAUCAACCUAAAAAACAAUGCUGGUGAUACACCUGUCCAUGUGGCUCUCAAUGAAGAAAACUGGGAAAUUGUAAAAGCCCUUGUGGAACAUGGGGCUGACCCAAACAUACUUGACAGGAAAGGACAGUGUCUCCUUCACAAAUUUGUUAGAAAUCUUAAUCAGAAAAAUAGUGUUCCCCUUGUAAAGGCUCUAGUGAAGCAUGGUGCAGAGAUAAAUUGGAGAGGACCCAAUGGUAAGACCGCUUUGCAAUUAGCAGCUAGUAACAGCGAGUGGGAAAUGGUUGUAGCCCUCGUUGAAUUAGGUGCUGACUGCAUACUCACUAAUAAGGAAAAGCUGUCUGUUUUUGAAAAUCUUCAUUGCCUGACAUGGAGAGAUGAGAAAAAGCUGAAAGUUUUCAUAAAUUACAUCACAAAAAAUGUAUCAGAAUCUGACGAAAAUAAUAGAUUUAAAAAAAUAUAUAGACGUUACCAAAACCCUUUGCUGAAAAAAUGUGUAAAGAAGUGCAACUGGAUGAUGGCAAAGGCCUUGGUGGAAUGUGGAGCAGAAGUGAGUCUGAUUCUUGAAAACAAAGCACUCUUACAGCUAAUCAUGUCCAAAUCUUCGAUUAGUAAGCACACACCCUGGACACAGUUUUUUGAUUUGUUGAUUUCUAAAGGGCUUGACAUCAACACCAGACUUGAGAAUCAAUCCCCAGUUCUUUUCAGUGAUGAAGUCAUCGAAAGUUUAAUCCAUGAAGAAGAUGUCUCCAGAUGUUUGUUUUGUGCAUGGGUCAAGAGGGGAGCUAACCCUUCAAUUCCGAACUAUGAUGGAUUUACACCGCUCAAUAUAGUUAUGAACUUCUAUAGGCACGGUACACUGAAUGCUCUCAUAAAACUCCUCCCAAUGGGGGUGACAACUCAUCAACCGAAGUUUACAGAAGCCAUUUUACAAUCUAAAAGAUUCUCAUCUAACUAUGUUGUCUCACCAAUAGAAAGGGCCAUACGAAACUCUAAUAUUUGUGCCCUCAAAAUGUUGAUUGGAUCUGGUGCAAGUUCAAAUGCAGAGUUAUUUCGCCUGAACACAGAAUAUCAAGUGAAGCUGGCUGAACAGGCAGAUGCAAAUGAGGAUGUUAGAGAGCUUCUGGAAGUCUUAGACCAGGCUGCCAGUCAACCUCGCUCACUCACAUCACUGUGUCGUUUGACUGUCUCUCAUUUGCUUGGUUGUGGGUCUUGCAGACCAGACAAAAUCAAGCACUUGAAAAUUCCUUCUUCAUUGAAAAGUCUUAUCUCUUUUAUUGAUUUACUGUUACCAGAGUUUCUGUCACAAAAACAUGAAGAUGUUCAUUCUGGUUUAUCAGAAGACAGUAAUGACUUCAGUAGCAAUAGUGACUAUAAAGAUGAAAUUUUUGAUGACUCUGACUCAGAGAUUUGGUCUUCAUCAUCAUGUGAUGAUGAUUACUCAACAACAGAUAUGGCGACCAAUCAACACAAUGAAGUUUCCUCAGGUUUCGUCAGCAUGCAGGAGAAUCUACAUCCAAAAAAUAAAAUGUGGAGAGAACUAAAAUCCGCUGCUGACUCUAGAAACUGGACUUGUGUGGAUGACUUGCUGAGUGACGUCACUAGGUGUGACAUAGAGCAGAGUUGUCUUCUCCACAAGCUAGCAGCAGCACCAGAAGUCAGCCUCUCACUUGCACGAGAUAUACUGACAAAGAUUUUGAAACACAAAGUCGACAUCAACAUGGUGGAUACAAACAAUGACACAGCUGUCGUGGUGGCUGCCAGAUGUGACAACACAAAGAUGGUGAUGGAGCUUCUAUCCCGACAGGCAGCUCUACCACCUAAUGUAACACACGUGUGUUCUUUCUUGCAGACUCUGACUAACAACUGGAAACCACAAGAGACGCCUUAUAUGCACGCGCUUGUUGUCAAACUGUUGUGGGACAGACUACAAGACACAGCACUACACAGCUGUCACAAACAGCUUCACCACACACUGGUCCGGCUGGCAGUCACGUUUCACACGUCACUUGUACGUGAAAUGUUUGUAACAGAACAACAAGUGAACUCUGUAGACAGUGAGGGGAUGGCCGUGUUACACAGAGUGGCCACGUUUGAUAGCGAGGACCAUGUCCGUCUUCUGCACCUCCUCGUCAGGAAAGGUGCAAACAUCAACCUACAGAACACUUCAGGUGACACACCUCUACAUAUUGCAGUAAAACACAACAACUGGAUGAUGAUGGAGGCUUUAUUAAGUCGACAGGCUACCACUGAUGUGGCUGAUAACGAUCAUCGCUCCGUGUUACACAUUCUGGCUUCUUACACUGAUUUUGAAUGCUUGUCUGAGCUUGACAAGAUACUUCCGUUUUUACUUUGUAACAGUAGUGACCUCAACAAAAAAGAUGAGGAAGGUAACACAGCCUUACAUCUGGCAGCAGUCUCUGGUAACAUAACAUUUAUAAAGAAAUUGUUAUAUCACGGUGCUCGUGCUGAUUGUGUUAACGAUCAACAGAAGACAGUCUUACACAUGAUAGGGAUGAAUUCUCAGACAUUUUCAUUGCAGUGGGAAACCUGUUACAUGUUGAUUGUGAAGAAAGGUGCAGAUGUUCACAAAACAGACAGUGAUGGCAACUCAGCGAUACACCUUGCAGCUAAACAUAACAACUGGCAAUUGGUAGAUUUUUUGCUCAAACAUGUUGAUGACAUUUCUCAGCCCGACAGUGACGGCUUCAACAUUCUGCACAGAUUUGCGAUGGAAACAUCAAACAGUUAUAAACAUUUAUUUUUUCGGCUUUCAGACAAACUUGGGGAUCUAAAUUCAAGAUGCCGGUACGGCGAUACAGCUGUUCAUAUUGCUGCAAAAAAUAACAACUGGUUUGUUGUGGACCUGCUGAUAAAGCAAGGCGCAAUAUUCCACGAACCAGAUAGCGAUGGCUUUAAUGUUCUUCACAGAGAGGCAAUGGUAGAGAAUGGGAAUUGUUCGCCCCCUCCAGAUAAUCAAACAGAUUCAGAUAGGAAAUGUAAUACGUUUCUUCAUUUUACAAUGAACAGCUUCAGCUACGACAAUAAAACACCGGCUGGAGAAACUGCUUUACACUUGGCUGCUAGACAUGCCAACUGGUCAAUGGUCAAAUGCCUGGCAGAAGCAAGUGAGGACAUAGACGAAGUAGACUCUGAAAGUUUGACUGUUAUACAAAGACUUGUUAUGAGCAGCAACUCUUGUGAACAGUUUCCAUUAUUCAGUCGCCUCCUUGAGCUCGGCGCUGACUACACCUGUCGAGAUAAAAAAGGCGACACUGUGCUGCACCUGGCUGCCAGAAACGGUCACUGGAAGAUUGUCAAAUAUCUUGUACAACUGGGGGAAGAGACGGACACCCCAGAUAGUGACGGAUUUCUAAUUCUUCACAGAAUAGCACAGGGCAUACAAGAUGCAAGUAUACUUCGUCUCCUUCUAGCCAAUAAUCAAGUUUUGAACAAGAGGACAAAACAUGGUGACACAGCCAUACAUCUGGCGGCUCAACAUAAACAUUGGCAAACUGUCACAACCUUGAUCGAGCACGGAGCUGAUGUGUUCGGCUGUGACAGCGAGAACACCAGUGUUCUUCAGAUGAUGGCUAGGACAUCUUUUACACACUAUCAACUAACACAAAUAAUAAAUAACAUAGAAACCGAAAACCGCAGGAAAGUACUUGAUACACUUCUGUGUGAUGAAGUGAGAUGUGGUCAAUGGAAAUCGGUCCUUUAUCUGGUAAAUCAAGAAGUCAACAUCCACCAAGACGACUUUCAAGGCUUUAAUCUCUUGCACAUUUUAGCCAAAGGGGCAGGUUUUAAAGAUUGUAAAGGGAUAGAUUUCAACAUUGUACAAUUGAUUAGCGAUCUUCUUACAAAGGGUGUAGGUUUAGAAGACAAAUGCCCUAACGGCAAUACCGCACUGCAGUUGGCUCUUCAGUGUAAUAAUCAACAUAUGAUCACAGCCUUAGCUCAGCAAGGGGCAAACGUUAAAGGUCCUGACAGUGAUGGUGUCUUCGCCCUUCAGAGACUGGCUAUGUGCAAAGAUGUUGAUCAGUAUACUAUUCAGCUUCUUGUGAACGAGGGUGCAGAUCCUACAAUAUGUUGUCCUAAUGGUGACUCUCUGCUACAUCUUGGCGCCAGAGCCAACAACUGGUCCUUUGUUUAUUACAUCAUUGAAGAAACCAAUUGCGCUGACCUGGACAAACUUGACAGCGAUGGUUACAGCAUAAUGCACAGACUGGCACAAUCUGACAAUGGCUCAAAAUGGCUGGAAAAAAUUUUGAAGAAAGAAUUCCCUUUCUCAGAUUGCCUGAGUAGAGAUGGCGAUACUUCCCUGGACGAACUUGACAGCGAUGGUUACAGCAUAAUGCACAGUCUGGCACAAUCUGACAACGGCUCAGAAUGGCUAGAAAAAAAUUUAAAGAAAAAAAUCAUUUUCUUAGAUUGCCUGAGUAGAGAUGGCGAUACUUGCUUACUUCUUGCUGCAAAACAAAACAAUUGGAAUUUCGUCAAACAUUUACUGGAAUAUAUGAUAGCAAUAAAGCCGCCUUCAGCUUCAAAAGUGGUUCAUGAUUUCAUGUUGAAGCAGUACUCAUUGAAAGACAUAGCACAUAAAAUGGCUGUUUAUGGCCUUUUACAAGACGAGGAUUCCAAAGUCACAAGUAUCAACACACGAGACAUUUGUGGAUAUACAAUCUGGCAUCAUGCAGUUAAGAGAAAGCUGUGGCUUGUCGGACAUCUUGCGGAAUGUGGAGCUGACACAGAUCUUGUGGACGACGAAGGACUCGGUGUCCUGCAUGCAUUAGCUUCAGACAGUUCUGUGGACUAUAGGAAGUCAGAUUAUCUCCUGAAACUUAUCAGCAAGAAAAAGCACACUGUCACAGCAAAAGAUGAACUUGGAAAUUCUGUACUGCAAGUGACGGCCAAGAAGAGAAAUCUUCUAUUUAUUGUUUUCCUUCAUUGCUUUGUUCAAACUUUUUCUAAAGACAGUGAUGGCCUCCCUCUCCUGCACAACAUUGUUCAAAUAAUUCCCAACGAUGAUGUGUCUCUGCAUGAAAAUAUCGUAAACUAUCUGUUACUAUCUGGAGCAGAUGUAAAUGAAAUGUCUGUAGACAACGAAACACCUCUUCUUUUAGCGGCUAAAUGUAACAACUGGUCGAUUGUCUUCCUGCUGCUGAGGCACGGAGCUAGAGCUAAUAUAUGUGGUUUGGAUGGUCAGUCAGUCUUACACAGAUUAGCAAGUAUUCCGCCAACUUUACCCACGAAUUUAACGGCUAGUUGUUCGAAGCAGCCAUCAGAGCUUGUUCAGGAACUUUUAGAUGCUGGUGCAGAUAUCCAACAAAAGGAUCCCCAUGGAAACACAGCUCUUCAUCUUGCUGUCCAACAUGAGAGAUGGGAUGUAGCUCAAGAACUCAUACAGUGUGGGGCGGCAGUCAACGAACUGGACUUCGAGGGAUACACUAUCCUCCACAGACAGGUACAAAAAGCAAAUUAUUUACUAUCUAUACCUUCACGUGAAAAUAGUGCUCUAUGGGAUAUCCCUUCAAAACGUGGUGAGAACGUUUUGGAUAUUUUAGCUGAACAUGAGAAUUGGUACCUGAUGAAUUAUUUACUUCAGUGUGACAUGGUUGAAAUCACAAAACUCAACAAUUUCUUUUUGCAUCGCUUGGCUGCUAGUUACCAAGGAGACAUGUACCCUGUGAUAUGUGAUCUCCUGAUUGAGAAAGGAUUGUCUGUAAAUGCUGAAAAUUGUGACGGUGAUACACCACUUCACCUGGCAGCAAGGGAAGGUAACUGGCAGUUGGUGAUGCACUUGAUACAAAAUGGUGCAAGUGGUCGAAAGUUAGACAGUAAAGGCUUUUCCAUCUUGCACACAUUUCAGAGCUGGUGGAAUCAGGACAGUUGCACUCUAAAUGUCAUCCUCUCUUCUGGUAUUGAUGUAGACGCUACAGACCCUCGGGGUAACACAGCGCUACACAUUGCAGCAAAACAUAGGCUGAUUGGCAUUGGCCGACUUAUUAACAAGGUUCAAAAUCUCAACUCCAGAGACAGCGAUGGGCUUACCGUGUUACUGAGAUUAUCACAAACGCCCUCAGAAAAAUGUCUUUCUCUUUGUAAACGACUGGUUGAGAAAGGUGUCGACAUCAACCUCCGCUCGACAGACGGUCAUUCAGCUCUUGAACUUGCAGUCAGAAGCAACAACUGGCCUGUGGUAGACUUGCUGUUGAGGAACGAUGCACAUUUUGAUGUGACGGCUUUGGAACAGCUUUAUGUCUUGCACAAAUUAACACAAUGUUCGCUUUCAACAUUUCAUGUUGACAAUCAACUGAAGUUAUUGAAAUUAUUAAUAAGUAGAGGAGUUUCAAUAAAUAUGCUGGAUUUAAAUGGAAAGACCCCGGCAGAGUUGGCAUUCUCAAAUGAAAAAUGGAAACUGUUCAUACAUUUCCUACAUUGUGGAGCACAGUUAAACAUCAAUCCUCGGAGAAACUCAUUUUUGCAUGAACUUGCUAAAAGCAAGACCACUUACCAUGAUGAAGAAAAGAUUACCCCAAUCCUGAUUUACCGUGGUUUGGACAUUGGCCUACUAAACAGUUUGGGGAUUAGACCUGCUAAAGUAGCAGCAUUUCUGCAUAAACUUGCUAAGGUCACUGGCCAUGAUGAGGAAGAGAUUUCCCGCCUCCAGAUUAACCGUCGUUUGGACAUUGACUUACUAAACAGUUUUGGGAUUACACCUGUCCAAGUAGCAGCAUUUCUGCAUAAACUUUCUAAGGCCGUUUACCAUGAUGUGGAAAAGACGACGCGCCUCCUGAUUAACCGUGGUUUGGACAUUAACCUACAAAACAGAGUUGGUGAUACACCUGCUCAUGUGGCAGCUGACGAAGGGAACUGGAGAAUUGUUAAAACAUUUGUGGAGCACGGAGCAGAUCCAAAUACCCCCGACAGGCAAGGGAACUAUCUGGUUUAUAAGUUUGCAAUGCUUGAUCAAGCUGAUGAAUCAUACUUUAACAUAUUAAAGACAUUGGUAGACUAUGGGGCAGAUGUCAACAGGCUAGGACCAGAAAAUAAAAAUGCCUUACGACUAGCGUAUAGCAUAGGGAGCUGUGAAGUGAUCGGAUGGCUAAUUCAAUUAGGGGGCUUUUGUGAGCUAAGUGACAGCCAAAAGCAUAGUUCGUUAGGAAAUCUCCGUCUCUUCAAAUGGAAAGAUGUUGAAGAGCAGAAUCUAAAUCGUUUUAUAAAUUACAUUACGAAUGAUGCUUCUGACAUCAACAGAACUUUUCAGAUAUCGAGUGGCGAAGAGACUGCGUUCCAGAUGUGUGUUGGAAACUCCAACUGGAGGAUGGCAAAGGCCUUGAUAGACUGUGGAGCGGAAGUAAACUGGGUCUGUCAAGGUAAACCACUCUUACAAUUUAUGAUGUCGAAGUAUUCGAAAGAUAAAUACACUACAUGGGCUUCUUUUCUUGCUUUACUGAUUUCAAAACAACUUGACAUCAACAGUAAGCUUCAAAACGGAUCAGGAGUGUUGUUCCAUGAAGCGACAAUCGAAAGCUUGGGCUCUGAAGACUCUGAUAACAAUUGUUUAUUUAAUUCUUUGCUCGAACUUGGAGCUAAUCCUCUGCUAGUCGACUCUAAUGGAAUGACACUACUCAGAAAGGUAGUAGACCUUGGUGGACAACGUACGUUGAAUGCACUGAACAAACUUCUUCCGGUUGGAGUAACGACGCAUCAGCCAAGGUUUACGAAAGCCAUGAUCCAGUCGCCACUCGCCUCGCCAACAGAAAAGGUCAUCCUGGACAGGAAUGUCCUCGCCCUCAAGCUGUUGAUAGAAUCAGGCUCAAGCUUAAAUGCAGAGUUAUUUCGCCUGAACACAGAAUACCAAGUGAAGCUGGCAGGACAGGCAGACACUGAUGACAAUAUUAGAGAGCUGCUUGAGGUGUUGAACAUGGCCGCCAGUGAACCUCGCUCACUUCAAUCACUAUGUCGUUUAAAUGUUUCUCGCUGCAUUGGUUGUGGACCUGACAGGACGGACAAACUCAAUGCGCUGCUUCCUUCUAAAAUGAGAGAUCUCGUCUUGUUUCGUGACCUUUACUCGGACUCCCUCUCUGAAAGCAACUCAGACUUCAAUGAGCCUGAAGAUAUCUUUAUUGAUGGCAGCUCAUCAGAUAAUGGUAGCGAUGAGCUCACCAGCAGUGACUAUAGUGACAAUGAGAGUGAUCAUAGCGAAGAGAACUUUGUCACUGCGUAACGAACGCUAAGAGAUAGUGUUUACAAUAAGGCUACGUCCACGGACAUGUAUAGGCGCACUCCUGUCUGUCUGCCGAGACCAACACUUAGCAUCUUGCGAAGUUCUUCGCUGUUAGUCUCAGCGAGCCUAAACAAAGAAUGUGACUGAACCGGAAGCUUUGUAUACACCUGCCUCGUUUUAGUAGUUAACUGGAAAAAAAUCGUUUGCCAGCAGUCCAGUGAUACAAGUUCGUGCUACGUGUGACCUAAGAUAGUAAGCUGAAAAUCCCUGCAAGCACUUGAAGUUUUAUUUUUUAAAAAAGGUGUAUAGAACUAACAUUGGUCGUUUGAUCAUCUGUGUAAAUACCAGCAGCUGCGUAUUAUUGUACACGUUGUAAAAUAUUUAUGAAUAUUUCAUUGCUUAUUAUUAUUAUCAUCAUCACCACCACUACCACCAUCCAUUAUCGUCAUCGUCAUAAUCAUUACAUAUACUGUUUCAUGGCAAACUUUCUUGUACUAGCGAUUGCAAGAACGUGUGAUGGCCUUCGUUAACCGACUCUGCGGGACUGGUAUCUUUAUUUCUCAUUCGUGGAUCUGGGAGUAUUUUUCUAUCUUUUGUUGAUCUGUGCUUCUUGUUGUACAGUUUACCUGUGUCAUGGAUAGUUCUCCUAUGCCUGCACCAAGCUGUUUUCACCUAUAUGCAAUUUUGUCUACUAAUUCUGAAGCCUAUUGUGUUGGCCGUCUUGUGUGAGCAUUUAGAAUAGUAGUAUAGCGUAAAUUGGAGUUACAGGUUUUUGUGUGCGGUGUGGGCUAAUCGAGUUGGAGCCCAUUUGAAGGAGGAAGAAUCACCUCCCCAGACUAUUCCUCGAUCCCUUCGGUCCAACACCCAGCAGCGCGUGGGCCUCGUGACGUCACCGUGGUGUACCGCUGCUCUGACUGCGGGACCCUCCCCCCUUCCCCGACACGGCUAUUGUGUACGGCCUUGGAGUGUCAUCCGUCGCUGAGUUACAAGGAGCGACCAAAGAGUUUCCUAUCCCCUCGGGGAAGGAAAAACCACUUCGAAUGGAUUACAAGUGUGAUUUGUGUUAUUCAUAUUCAAACUGACUGAGACGCGAAGGGCGACAACCCUACGCUAGUUAGGCGCCGAACUGUAUGGUUACAGGCAUUUUGAAGAGCUACUGAGAAGUUUAGAGAGGGUGUACGACUGUACGUGUUGGUGAGUCAGUAUGCAUGGUCAUGAACUGACACAUCGAGGACUAGAACAUUGGAAACUUUUGUAAGCUAUGAACUGAUGGACUGAUAUAUAUAUAUAAUUAAGAGUAGAGACUAUCCCAUUACCAUACGUUUACUUAUCUUUGAUGGUUUUCACCAUCUUCCCUAAAGAACUGUGGUGAGGUAUUUUUGUAUGAAUAUACUUAUCUGUGUUCUAUUCCGUAAAAUCCUGAGCAAAUUGAUAACAUGAUGUGGACAGCGUCAGACAAUCGUUUUGUGUGUUGAAAGACCGCGUAUGGAAGUCGUGUGUUGCUCUGGUGAGAGGCAGCGUCCGUGACAAUUUGGAGGGGACACAUAUAAGAUGCGUAUCAAACAUAUUGCAAUAUUUAAUAACUGUUCCGAAUGGCUGUGAAUGGAAAAGCCUCGUCAGUUAGGAGUGUUUCGUUUUUGUUUAUAAUAUUAUGACCAAACUUCCGCCUUUCUGCUUUAUAUCUUUAUAAUUAUUUGCCUUAAAUGUUCUACUUGUAUUGAUUACCAAUACUUUUUACCUAUUCUUUCUCUCUCGCAGAAUCAUUCAUGCAGCUUCUUUACCUACAUGUUUCAAUGUAGUUUUAGUCGAAGUGAGAAAAAGUGUAUUUGUAUGACGCUGUUCUUUUUCAUGCAAAUGUUACCAAAUUCCUAUAUUUAGGUUUAAGGCGAGAAUGUUUGAAUGCUAUCACGUACUUUAUCAUGAGAGUAAUCAAAUAAUCACUUCAGAUCGCUUAUUUUCUCAGAGUAAGUUUUACAUUAGGGAGAAAAGCGCUUUUUGAGAAAAAAUAAAAAUACGUUC